ACUGUCAGCGGCGCGUGUAGCUCUGCUUGUGCAGAGUAAAGGUGGUGAUUCUCUGCAGCUCCUUUUUAUAAUUCAUAUUGGUUGCAGCAUAUCUAGUACAGGACUUUCCAUCUUUUGCAUUAAAAACUGAACCCAUCUGUGAACCACACCGAAUAUCCUGUGACACAGAAGUCAGCAACGCAGCUUUUAUCUGUCUGAUAACAUUUGUCAGGAAAGGGAGGCAGAGUCCAAAGUACAUACGCUUUACUCUCCAAAGUAGGCGAGGCAAAGGGAGUGGGAAAGAAGAGGAGAAAGCUGUUAUCGUUUCUGUUUUCCGUAAAAGAGCAAAGUUCAAUCAUGCUGGGUGUUCCUAAUCAUAUUUAUUCUGUCGAUUGCUGAAGAGGAGAAGCAAACUAAGAACAACCUUCAAAAGCAAUAUCUUAAAUUUGAAAUGCGUUCUGAAGAUGAGAAGGAGUGUACUGCAGAUGGAGAUAGUCAUGGGACCACUGCAUCCAGGCAGGGUUGUGGUUCUGAAGACAAACGCAAGAAAAACAAGAAGAAAGCAGAAAAGGCUAAGGUGGUCAGCCCAUUAACGCUGUUUCGAUAUUCCAGUUGGAUGGAUAAAUUACUAAUGAUAGUAGGCACUGUCCUGGCAAUAGCCCAUGGAACCAGUCUCCCUGUUGUGAUGAUAAUUUUUGGUGAUAUGACUGAUAGUUUUGUUACUUCUGGAAACACAACUCUUCCAGAAAACAUUUUAGUGAAUUUCUCUUCAGUCAUUCUUGGCAAGCUAGAAGAAGAUAUGACAAGGUAUGCAUAUUACUAUUCUGGAAUAGCAGCUGGUGUUCUUCUUGCUGCUUAUAUCCAGACUUCAUUUUGGACCCUAGCAGCAGGCCGGCAAAUAAAGAAAAUUAGAGAACAAUUUUUUCAUGCAAUUAUGAGACAGGAAAUUGGAUGGUUUGAUGUAAAUGAUGUGGGAGAACUUAACACUCGUCUCAUAGAUGAUGUCGCCAAGAUUAAUGAAGGAAUAGGUGACAAAAUUGGAUUGCUUAUUCAAUCAGUAACAACAUUUGUAACAGGAUUUAUUGUCGGUUUCAUAAAAGGAUGGAAAUUAACCCUUGUAAUACUAGCAGUCAGUCCUGUCCUGGGACUUUCAGCAGCUCUCUGGGCAAAGGUUCUCUCUGCUUUUACUGACAAAGAACAAGCUGCAUAUGCAAAAGCAGGAGCCGUUGCAGAAGAAGUCCUGGCCGCGGUUCGGACUGUAAUAGCUUUUGGAGGACAGGAAAAAGAGAUUAAAAGAUACCAUAAAAAUUUAGAAGAUGCUAAACGCAUUGGAAUAAAAAAGGCUAUUACAGCUAAUAUUUCUAUGGGAGCUGCUUUCUUACUGAUAUAUGCAUCGUAUGCACUGGCCUUCUGGUAUGGAACUACCUUGGUAUUAGCUGACGAUUAUACUAUUGGCAAUGUUCUUACAGUUUUUUUCUCUGUAUUGAUUGGAGCUUUCAGUAUUGGACAGACUGCUCCAAGCAUAGAGGCAUUUGCUAAUGCAAGGGGAGCUGCCUAUGCAGUCUUUAAUACCAUAGACAAUGAACCUCAAAUUGACAGUUAUUCAGAGGCAGGCUACAAACCAGACCAUGUUAAAGGGAAUUUGGAAUUCCAAAAUGUUUGCUUCAAUUAUCCAGCCAGACCGGAUGUGAAGGUCCUGAAAGGCUUGAAUCUCAAGGUUAACUGUGGCCAGACAGUAGCCCUUGUUGGUGGCAGCGGCUGCGGGAAAAGUACAACUGUUCAGCUCAUCCAGAGAUUUUAUGACCCCAAGGAAGGCGUGAUUACCAUUGAUGGGCAGGAUAUUAAGACCCUCAACGUCAGAUAUCUGCGGGAGAUUAUCGGUGUGGUGAAUCAGGAGCCCGUGCUGUUUGCUACUACUAUUGCAGAAAAUAUUCGUUAUGGCCGUGAGGACGUCACCAUGGAAGAGAUUGAAAAAGCUACCAAGGAAGCUAAUGCUUACGACUUCAUCAUGAAGCUACCCAAUAAGUUUGAAACCAUGGUUGGAGAAAGAGGGGCACAGCUGAGCGGAGGCCAGAAGCAGAGAAUAGCAAUUGCCCGUGCUCUGGUUCGCAAUCCUAAAAUCCUUCUGCUUGAUGAGGCAACAUCAGCUUUGGAUACUGAAAGUGAAUCAGUUGUGCAGGCAGCCCUGGACAAGGCAAGAGAAGGACGCACCACGAUUGUCGUAGCUCAUCGACUGUCAACAGUCCGAAAUGCUGAUUGUAUAGCUGUGUUUGAAGGUGGAAUUGUCACAGAACAAGGGAAUCAUAUUGAAUUGAUGGAAAGAAAGGGAAUCUACUACAAACUUGUUAACAUGCAGACAAUAGGAACUGACGUUCAAUCAUCAGAAAAAGAUGAAAGUGUACUUAGUGUCAAAAAAAGUGGGUCUGAACCAGAAUUGCAAGAAUCCUUAAUGAAAGGAUUGAGAAGACGAUCAACUCGGAGAAGCUUUAAAAAGCCAGGAACAGAGAAUGAUGAUUCUGAUGUGAAAACUGAUCUGCCGGACAGUGAAUUACCUCCGGCUUCAUUUCUGAAAAUUAUGAAGUUGAACAAAACCGAAUGGCCAUACUUUGUAGUUGGCACUUUAUGUGCAAUUAUCAAUGGGGCUUUACAACCUGCAUUUUCAAUCAUAUUUUCAGAAAUUAUAGGGAUUUUUUCAGAAACUGACAAGGCCACUAUAAGAGAAAAGAGCAACUUAUAUUCACUGCUGUUUUUAGCACUUGGGAUCGUUUCAUUUUUUACUUUCUUUUUUCAGGGUUUCACAUUUGGUAAAGCUGGAGAAAUUCUCACAAUGAGACUUCGAUUCAUGGCAUUUAAAGCAAUGCUUAGACAGGAUAUGGGAUGGUUUGAUGAUACUAGAAAUAGCACAGGAGCAUUAACUGCAAGACUUGCUAACGAUGCCUCACAAGUGAAAGGAGCAACUGGUGUCAGACUGGCAUUAAUUGCCCAAAACAUAGCUAACCUUGGGACUGGAAUUAUUAUAUCACUAAUUUAUGGCUGGCAGCUGACCUUAUUACUUUUAGCUGUUGUGCCAAUCAUCGCUGUGGCAGGAAUGAUUGAAAUGAAGAUGCUGGCUGGACACGCUAAGAAAGAUAAAAAGGAGCUGGAACUUGCAGGAAAGAUUGCCACAGAAGCCAUAGAAAAUAUUCGAACUGUUGUAAGUUUGACCCGAGAAAGAAAAUUUGAGUUCAUGUAUGGAGAACAUCUGCAGAUACCAUACAGAAAUUCUGUGAAGAAGGCACAUAUAUUUGGUCUUUGUUUUGCCCUUUCACAAGCAAUGAUGUUCUUUACCUAUGCUGGCUGUUUCCGGUUUGGUGCCUAUCUCGUGGUAAAUGGAUUCAUGGUUUACAAAAGCGUGUUUUUAGUGUUUUCAGCUGUUGUAUUUGGUGCAAUGGCUCUAGGUCAAAGCAGCUCUUUUGCUCCAGAUUAUGCCAAAGCCAAGAUAUCAGCAGGUCAUCUGUUCAUGCUGUUUGAAAGAGUACCCUCAAUAGACAGUUACAGUGAGGAAGGACUGAAGCCUGAGAGAUUUGGGGGAAACAUAACGAUCAAAGAUGUGAUGUUUAACUACCCAAACCGACCUGAUGUCAAAGUUCUCCAAGGUUUGAAUCUAAAAGUAGAAAAGGGACAAACUCUGGCUCUUGUCGGUAGCAGUGGCUGUGGAAAGAGUACUGUUGUUCAGCUGCUUGAGAGAUUUUAUGAUCCACUCAGCGGAGAAAUGCUGUUUGAUAACAAAAACACAAAGACACUAAAUAUCCAAUGGCUUAGAUCUCAAAUCGGAAUCGUUUCACAAGAACCAAUGUUGUUUGACUGCACUAUUGCUGAGAACAUUGCUUAUGGAGAUAACAGUCGGGAGGUGCCACAUGAGGAAAUUGUUAGUGCGGCAAUAAAAGCCAAUAUUCAUUCCUUCAUUGAAUCUCUACCAAAUAAGUAUAAUACCCGUGUAGGAGACAAAGGAACCCAGCUCUCUGGUGGUCAGAAGCAACGUAUUGCUAUUGCCCGAGCUCUUGUACGUCAGCCCCAAAUUCUGCUACUGGAUGAAGCUACAUCUGCCUUAGAUACAGAAAGUGAAAAGGUUGUCCAAGAAGCCCUGGAUAAAGCCCGAGAAGGUCGCACCUGCAUUGUGAUAGCUCACCGCCUGUCCACCAUCCAGAACGCUGACAAGAUCGCAGUGGUCCAGAAUGGCAAGAUUGUAGAACAAGGGACUCAUCAGCAACUCUUGGCUGAAAAAGGCAUCUACUAUUCGCUGGUCAAUGUUCAGUCUGGGUCAUGCAACAUGUAAAUUAAAGGCAGUACUUAUCUCUGAAGUGUCACUGUAAUUAUUUCAAUACCACAUAGUAUUACUAGUCAAUCUUGAUACUUCCGUUUUUCCUCCAAAACAAAAGGCCUUUUAUAAAUCCUAUGAGAGCGAGAGAUACUAAGUAAAUACGUAUCAGUGCCUCAUUGCUAGUUCAUUAUUCAAACCACUUUAUUUUGCAGACAAAGCAGUGUUAUAUUGCACUCAUAACAGUAGAAGCACACUAAGCAGAAUUUAAUAUUAGCUUGCCUGAAAUGCUAACAAAACCACACUAGUAUGUGCAGCAUAUCCGGUAAACAAUACGUAAACAUACAUAUUGCAAAUUAUAUCUCUCUCUCUAUAUAGUGCCUUAGGACCUUAGCACUUGGUACUUAGUGACUCAUUAAAAAUAGUAUUGCUAUUGCUAAGAACAAGCCUCAGGCCUUAUCCUUAUGGUGUCUUAUGCAAACUAUGCAAGACCCCAGUCCUGACCUACUAGGCUUGUUAUCAGCUUGUUA